AAAUUUCAGUGACAACAACUUCACAGGGUCAAUUCCAGAUUCCAUCUCCACCCGAUGCCAUAUUUCUCAACAACAACCAACUGACCGGCACCAUCCCCUCUGCCAUCUUCAACAUGACGAGUCUGAAAUACAUCUACAUGGCCAACAACCACCUGAGUGGCAGUCUGCCAAAUGCCAUCAGCUGACUGGAGAAGCUCGAGCAGAU